AGAAUAUGAUUACAACAGUUAAUAUCUUACCUCCUUUUAUUUUCAAAACCAAUAAAAAUAUUCUUUAGUAUAUAUUUUUAGAUAAUACUAAAAUACGAUUCCUUGUUACUUUCCCCUUUAGAAACCCUACCAUACCAUAUUCAUCCAGCCUCUUUCCUUCCCUCCCAACAAAGAGUUAAAAAUAAAAAAAAACUUCCAACUUCUCACUAAUUAUUCGCUCUUCUCUCAAACAGAACCGGAAAAAAAAAAUCUAUAAAAAAAAGCAAACAAAAUCCACAAAAAAAAAAAAAACAAAAAAAACUACCAAAUUUAGAGAGAGAAACAGAAAGAGGGUUUUGUUCUGUGUAAUCGUAGAGAGAGAAAGAAAGAAAGGGCCUUUUAUUUUAACCCCCAUUUCAUAAUCCUGUUCUUCUUUAGUUUCGGCGGAUUCUUGAGCGAGUAGCAGCCAAGAAGAGAGAGAAAGAAAGAAGAGAGAGAAAGUAAAACUGUAACCCAGAAAACCCAGAAACUGAAACUACCCAGAAUUUGUUUGUUCAGAUCCAUUGAACUAAUUUAAAGAGAUGGGUGUUGGAAGAGGUGGGAAUAAUAAUAACAAUGGUGGGGGUGUUCCAACUUCAUCAAAGAAGAUGAUACAGAGUUUAAAAGAGAUUGUCAACUGCCCUGAAGCUGAGAUCUAUGCUAUGCUUAAAGAAUGUAACAUGGACCCUAAUGAAGCGGUUAAUCGCCUCCUUUCUCAAGAUCCAUUUCAUGAGGUGAAGAGCAAACGUGAAAAGAAAAAAGAGACUAAAGAUGUGGGGGAUUCAAGGGUUCGUGGUACGAGUAGCACUUCCACUCGAGGUGGAAGGGGUGGUGCAGACCGCUAUUCCAGUCGCAGUAGUACAGCCCAAUAUGGUACUUCUGACUCUGGUGCUUCACGUGGUAAAUCUACGUACAAGAAGGAAAAUGGACCAACUCCUUAUUUAAGUUCUACCAUGGGUAUGGCUGGACAUAAUGUAAACAGGCGGCAGCCACCUAUCUUUGAUGCUACAACAGAUAAUGCAUUCUCAUAUAAUGCAGCUGAAACAUUAGUAGUUGCACCAUCUUCUGGCUUUCAGUCUGCCUGGUCAGGCAUGCCUGGUCAAGUGUCAAUGGCUGACAUUGUUAAGAUGGGAAGGCCACAGGGAAAAGUCAGCAGCUCUGUGAACCCAUGUCAACAGCAUGUUAAUGAUCAGCACCGCUUGGAAUCUCCUGCAGUAUGUGCACCUCGUGAUUUGCAUCCGUCACAAAAUUAUGCUGCCAAAGUUUUAGAAGGGAACUCAGACUCAGGGGCUUCUGGACAUGUACCUCCUAAUGAUGACUGGCCCCUAGAGGAAGAGCCACCUGCUGCUAGUGUAUCCUCCAUUGUGGAGCCCUCUGUAGAUUCUGAACGAUAUGGUGACCCAUAUGACAGCACAAAUCAGCAGUUUAGACCUCAAUCUGAUGAGGUUCGAUUUGAGGAGGUUGAUAAUGUUGACAACGCACAUGCAAGCUAUGCUCGAUCUGUGCCAGGAUCUAAUCAAAAUAUGCAGGAGGAUAACUCUGGUUGUGCAUCUGGUUUCGAUAACGAUUUGUACCAAGACAACAGCGCAUACCAGGUUCAUCAUCAAGAAGUUGAAGAUGCCAGUGCAUCAGUAUCAGAUGUGACCAACAAUUUUCAGAGUCUAUCUUUGCCGAAGGAGGAGGAGGAGGAGGAUACCCCGUCUGAAGAAGAUGGUCCUGCUGUGAAAAUUCCUGAUCACCUGCAAGUUCAGUCUGCUGAAUGCUCUCAUUUGAGCUUUGGUAGUUUUGGGACUGGAAUAAAUGCUCCAUAUUCAGGUUCUUUUGGCUCAAGAGCUGUGACUAACAAUGAAGAGGAUGCUUCUUUAUCUGCUGAUGCUCCAUCUGCUGUGCAUUCUCAAGCUAGAAAUCCUGAAUACUACGAGGAUGAACAUCUUAGAACUGCAUCAGAUGUUAGCUCUUCUCACAGAAUAGGUGGUAGCUCUGGCAAUUUUGACACUCCUUCAGCUCCACAGCAGGAUAUGUUGAAACAUGAGGCUCCUGAACUUGCACAAGCCAACCAGUAUUCUUUUCCUUCGUCCACUGCUAAUUAUGGUUUUGACAACAGCCAACAGUUGAAUUCAUCCUUUGGGAAUUCACAAGCUAGCUCUCAGAUGCAAGGUCUGCCUUCUUUGUCAGGUGUAAUGCCGUAUUCUAACACUUUGCCCAGCACACUCUUGGCAUCAAAUGUACAACAGCCCCUUAGGGAGGCUGAUCUUUCAUAUUCCCCUUUCCCCAUUUCACAAUCUAUGGCAUCGAAGUAUAGCAACUCAGUCUCAUCUAUUAGUGGUCCAACUGCUUCAAUGGCUGAGGCAAUGAAGACCGGUAACUUCUCAGCUGCCCAGCCAACUCAGAAUCUACCUGGUGGCAGCAGCAUCUCUGGUGGAGCUGCUCUUCCACAACAUUUGGCUGUGCAUCCGUACUCUCAACCUUCAGUGCCAAUGGGCCACUUUGCUGCUGCUAAUAUGAUUGGUUAUCCAUUUUUGCCUCAGAGCUACACAUACAUGCCAUCUGCAUUCCAGCAAGCAUUUGCCGCGGGUAAUAAUGCUUAUCCUCAAUCCCUAGCUGCAGCAGUGCUUCCCCAAUACAAAAACAGUGUUUCAGUCAGUAGCUUACCCCAAGCUGCUGCUGUUGCCUCUGGAUAUGGAGCGUUUGGGAAUUCAAAUAGCAUCCCAAAUAACUUCCCACUGAAUCCUCCAAGUGCUCCUGCUGGCACUUCUAUGAAUUAUGAAGACCUUUUAAGUUCACAAUACAAAGAUGCUAGUCAUCUUCUCUCUCUGCAGCAGCAGGGUGCCGGUUCCAGAACAAUGUCAGGGGUUCCAGGGAGUACAUAUUACAAUAGCUUCCAGGGGCAAAACCAGCAACCUGCUGGAUUCCGGCAAAGCCAGCAACCAUCACAGCACUACGGACCUCUUUCUGGGUAUCCCAAUUUCUACCAUUCUCAAAGUGGGCUCUCUCUUGAUCACCAGCAGCAAAUGUCGAGGGAUGGAUCCCUUAGCGGUUCUCAGGGACAACCGCCUAAGCAAAAUCAACAGAUAUGGCAAAACGGCUACUAAUUAAAAAUCCCCUCGUGCCCUCCAGGUUUUUCAGGGUCUUUGUAGUAGUAGUACUUUUUAAGUCCAGAAAUUCGGCCAAAAUAUUAGGGGCUUAAAUCUGUACUGAAGGACUGGACUUCUCUACUGUUUCCUGUGCCUGGAGGUUGUACUUUACCCUUUCCCCUCCCUAUUUUCCAGUUUGUCUAACAUAGGAACGAUGUCGAUGUUGUGCUAAUCCAUGGUAGUCGACCUUCGUGUUCUCAAGCUCCUCCUAGUUUUAUCAUCCAAUAGUGAAAAGUUUAUGUUUCUCUGUGUCUC